UUAGGCCAGCUCUCUGGACGCCAGGGGGUGUGGCAAGCAUGAGAAUUAAGCACUAAUGAUCACGCAAAGCUUAUAAAACAACUCCGGAGCUGCCAGUCUCCGCGAGAGGUAUCUUGGGUUGGAAAAAUUUUUGUGUGGACACUGCCUGUAUCUUGGGAAAAAGCUCCAGGUUCCCAGUGCUCUGCCCAGCCCCCAAAUGGCACCAAUGCUCCUGCUGCUGCUCCCCUCCUUGGCCGGCCUGUUUGCCCUGGCAGAGGGGCAGGCAUUCCACAUGGGGAAGUGCCCAAGUCCUCCGGUGCAGGAGAAUUUUGAUGUGCACAAGUAUCUUGGAAAAUGGUAUGAAAUUGAGAAGAUCCCCGCGAGCUUUGAGAAGGGAAGCUGCAUCCAAGCCAACUACUCGCUAAUGGAAAGCGGAAACAUCAAAGUGCUGAAUCAGGAGCUGAGAACUGAUGGAACUGUGAAUCAAAUUGAAGGUCAAGCCACCCAGAGUAACCUCUCGGAACCUGCCAAGCUGGGAGUGAAGUUUUUCAAGUUGAUGCCAACAGCCCCAUACUGGGUCCUGGCCACCGACUAUGAGAACUAUGCCCUCGUGUACUCCUGUACCACGAUCAUCUGGCUUUUCCACAUAGAUUAUGUUUGGAUCCUGGGCAGAAACCGUUCUCUCCCUCCAGACACAGUGGCCCAUCUGAAAGAAAUCCUGACUGCCAAUAACAUCAACAUUAAGAAGAUGACUGUCACUGAUCAAGUGAACUGCCCUGAGUUCAAGUAGCAAGGCUCAAAGAAGAGGCUGCACCUGUUCCACAUCACUUCUGCUUUGCUUUCCCCCACGCCACUCUACCCUUCAUAACAACAGACCAACCAUCCAGAUAAACCAUUGCAAUUGCUAGAAGAGAGGUUUAAUAGCAAUGGAGCCAAUGGGGGAGAAAUUCAAGAAAACUUGGCUCAAAUUCAGCCAUGCCCCACCUUGUUAUCUUGCUGGCCUGUUGCUGAC